CUCGGGGAAAGGGGCUGAGGGAAGAGCGGGACUCCCCUCCAGCACCACCCGCUGCUGCAGGGCCGCAGUCCCGUAGGGCCCCCCACCCAACACGAACACACAGCUCGCAGCUUGGAGAAGCUGUCGACCUCAAGGGCAUCCAUAUUUCAGGGUAAUGAAGCUGGAAGCCAGAAAUGGCAUAGCCACCUCAGAGGUCCCUAAGCCUGAAAAAGAGGCAGAGUUACAGAGCCACUUUCAGACACAGGAGCCCGGGGCCACGUCCAGCUCCAGCUCAGGGCUUGAUGCUGAAGCUGGGCCAUUGCACUAAGUGGCGGCUUCAGAAAGGGAGUUUAAGAAGGUGAUGGCCAUCUCGGGGGGCACCUACGGUGGCCUUGACUACCUUCAGCGCUACCACAGCUGGCUCCCGGAUCCCGACCGCAGCACGUUGCUGGCCAAGCGCAACGGAGGAAUGAUGGCACUGGAGUCGGUGCACGUGAUAACGGCGCUGGUGGAGGGGCUGCGCUUGACGCCCUGGGAGAGCGGCAUGGGCGUGGCCCGGCUGCUCGGGCGCUUCUGCUGGCAGCUGGUCAAGAGAGAGCCGGGGGUCAGGGUGGCACCGCUCAUCCGGGACGACUAGCUGGGACCCCGGGAGCUGAAGAAAUACCGUCUACUCACUGAGCAGGGCAUCUUUUUGACCCGUUUCUACAGUGGGUGCAGGGCCGUGGGCUCAGGCAUCUUCUCCCCGCUGCCCACAGAGGCUAUGUAGGAAGCAGGAGGCGACGUGGCUCCUCCUGUCGCCCUAUGUGCAGCGCGACGUGCUCCGGGCGGAACCAUUAACUAGGACUGGCAGCCCUACCCGCCGAGCGAGAGCAACCUGCGCCUGCUGGCGGCCAAGGACCUGGAGUGGUGCGUGGACAGCCACGCGUGCCCGCGCGUGCUCACGCUGUGCACGUGCCCCUUCCCCAUCCCGCACUGCCGCGACGGCACGUGGAGCUACUUCAACGUCGAUGCCUUCUGCAGCGACGGCGCGCAGGUGCAGAGCCAGCUUCUGUGGCACCGGCAGCGCCAGGCCCUGCUUGCCGGCCUCAGUGUCAUGUGCCAGCUCUUCCUAGAGCCCCGGUUGUGGUCACAGCUGGCAGACUUCUGCCAGGGUGGCUUGAGGCUCCAACAGGCCAAGGGUUAUACUGAAUGGUAUCGCUGGAGGCGGACUUCCGAAGCCUCUCUUCCCGCAGAGAAAAGAAGCACUUCAGACGCGCCCUCUUCUGCAGAUCCCCAGAAAUCCCCCCUCCCACUAUUUGCAGGCUCCGCCCCUCCCCUUUCCCUGGGGAAAGGGUCCUGACGCCUACCCUUACCCAGUGCUCGUGCCUCCCUCCCAUUUUCCUCUUACCGCUCUGCCACCUGUCCUCCAGCGCCACCAAACGCUGUUAGCUGGGUCCUGAUCUGAUGAACCUCUGCGGGAGCCCCUUGCUCAGAUAUUGUCCAUUUUUUCCCCUUCUGACCAAAGAAUGGGUUCUUUCACAGUCUUCAGAGCCUUUCUCUGUCUGUCACCCUGGCCUGGCAGUGAACUCUGCUCUUUUGGCUUCUCCUUCUGCCUCCUGGUGGGUGGAAACAGAGGUGGGUGCAGUGCCCCUCACCUGGCCGGAGCAUAGCUGCCCAGUACGUAUGACUUUCCUUCCUCCCGCUCUUUCUUAAGCCCCCCCAACUGUCCCGCGCUCCCAUCUUCGCCACACUCUCAGCCUCCUAUGCCUCUGAGUCAGCGUUCUCACCCUCCUUCUCUCUGUGCCCCAUCCUGAUACUCCUGGAUUUUCCAAUACUUAGCUACCUCUUCAUUACCCAUUUGUCAGCCCCACCAUCCUCUUUUCCGUGACCUCUUCAUCACCUGCUCUGUGUGUUGUACGGAAGAAACCCUGUAAAUGAAUCGAUUUAUAAUGCCCCCCUCCCAGUUUGUUCCCUAUUGAGUGCUCUGAUGAUGCACCUUUCUGAGCCUGCCCCCACCCCCAGUGGGGUUUCCUCUAAUUUUUUACCACGUUGAUAUUUUGCAUGCCCCUGCAUAAGCUCCUAACCAGCAGCUUGAACCAGGCCAUGAAUAGAGGGGUUUGAGGCUGGAGAAUUUACUGUAGUGAAGGUCCCUUAGCCCAGUGUGGGGCUGUCUCCUAGUUCUAACCAAGCUGUCUUCUAAUGAGACUGGAACCCCCAUUUCCAGAUAUUUCUGGGAAACCCCCCUUUCCUCUGGUUCCAUUAUGCUUUCUGGACUUGGACAGUCUUCUGUGUAAAUGCAAAUAAGUAACAGCUGCAAUUGCACAGCGCUUUCUCUUAACACCAGAUCCUCACAUCUACCACAGGUGGGAGGAAGCAGGCUCAGAAAGAUCAAAGUGACUUCCAAGUCAUUUACAUAGCUGGGAGCCUGGCAGAUACUAGAACUGAAGUGUCCCAAGCCCAAAGCAUGCCUCAGAACCUCACUCUGUGUGACGGUGGUAGCUUGAACUUUUUGUUGGACAAUGGACAGUUGUUACGGAUUUGUUGGCAGCAAGCACAAGGUUCGCUGGGAUGGCAUCAAAGAUGUGGGCAGAGGAGGAUGCCAAGAUGUGGAAGAAAGUGGGCAAAGAGGACUGCUGCUGCUUCAUCACUUUCCCCAGUUCUGGGUUUCUGCUGCGCUGCUCUUCCUUGCUUGGCUGCCUCCUGCGGCCACCCUCCCUGUCACUUCCACCAUGGCUGUAUUGCAAUAAAACGGACCCUU